UAUUAGUAAACUUACUUUGCCAACCUUAAUUUUAAUGAGGAGACUCCCAGUAUUAGAAUUGUCAUUCCAACAGAAGUAUAACAUGAGCCAUACAGGGGUAGGAAAAGUAGGUUGUAUGGAAAAUAAUACAAUCCUAUAUAAUAAAAGGCUAAUAUGCAAAUUGUCCCCCCAGGUGGGAGUUCAACCAACUGGGAGCUCGACCGGUUGCUAUGACUGCACUGCAGCUGCCAACCGGCCCGAUCUGGGCCCCAAUUGGCUCCCCCCAACCCCCAGCCAUCCCCACCCCCGAUUGGGCCACCCCACCCCAAUUGGGGGGAGGGCCAGCUGGCCAACCACCCGCAGCCCCUCCCACUGGCCAGCCAGCCCCCGAGUAGGCCUCGAUUGCUGGCCAGGCCUAGGGACUCCACCCAUGCACAAAUUCAUGCACCAGGCCUCUAGUAAUUAAUAAAUAAUAAAUUGUAAACCUACUUUUGCCCACCACUUAUAUGUAAUUUUUAAUUUUCUAGUAGCCACAUUUAAAAAGAUUAAAAAGAAACAAGUGGAAUUGAUUUCAAAACUAUUUUUUAUUUAACCCAAAUAUAUCCUAAAUAUUUUAUGUUCUUUUUUUAUAUGGAGUCUUUGAAAACUGGUGUGCAUUUAUACUUACAUUUCAAUUCAAUCCAAUUUUUGUUCACAUCCUUGCCACACUUAUUUUGUUGUUGUAUUUUUAAAUAGCCAUUCUAGCCCUAGCCAGUUUGGCUCAACGGAUACAGUGUCAACCUGUGGACCAAAGGGUCCUGGGUUUGAUUCCGAUCAAGGACACGUACCUGGUUGCAGGCUCCUCCCUGGCCCAGGCCCUGGUCAAGCGUAUGCAGGAGGCAACCAAUGGAUGUGUUUCUCUCACAUCUGAUAUUUCUGUCUUUCCCUCUCUCUUCCACUCUAAAAAAUCAAUGGAAAGAUAUCCUCAGGUGAGGAUUAAAAAAAUAAAAUAAAAUAAAAUGUUUAAUAAAUAAAUAAAUAGCCUAAACAUGUGUGAGAUAUCUCACUGUGGUGCUGAUUUACAUUUCCCUGAGUAUCAGUGACUUUGACAGUGCAAUCCCUAUCAAAAUAUCAAUGGCAUUUUUUCAUAGGAAUAGAAAAACAACUGUAAAAUUUAUAUGGAACCAUAAAAGCCUACAAAUAGCCAAAUCAAUCUUGAGAAAGAAGAGCAAAGCUGGAGUCAUCACACUUUCUGAUUUCAAAAUAUAUUACAGAACCACAGUAAUCAAAACAGUAUGGUACUGGUAUAAAGACAGACAUACAGACCAAUCAACAGAAUAGAGAGCCCAGAUAUAAAUCCACAUAUAUACGUUCAACUGAUCUUUGACAAGACUGUCAAGGAUACACAAUGGAGAAAGGAUAGUCUCUUCAACAAAUGAGAAAAUUUAAUAUCCACAUGCAAAAGAUGAAAUUGGACCUUUGUCUUACACCAUACAAAAAGUCAACUCAAAGUGUAUUAAAGACUUAAACAUAAGACCUGAAACUGUAAAACUCCUACAAGAAAACAUAGGGGGAAAGCUUCAUGACAUUGUCCUUGGCAAUGAUAUCAUGGAUAUGACAUCAAAAGCUCGGGUAACAAAAGCAAAACUAAACAAGUGGGACAACAAAAAGCUUCUGCACAGCAAAGGAAAGAAUACAGUGAAAAGGCAACCUGUGGAUUAGGAAAAUUAUUUGCAAACUAUAUUUCUGAUGAGUUAAUCUCUCAAAUAUAUAAGGAAUUUCUACAACUCAGUAACAAAAUCAACCAGAUUUAAAAGAUGGACUAAAGACUUGAAUGGAUAUCUUUCCAAAGAAGACACAAAUAGCCAACAGAUACAUUUAUUGACUUGUUAUGUAAUCUGAUAAAAUUCUUUGCCAUUUUGUUGUUGAACUUUUUGUUUUCUUGAUCUCUAAAUGCUCUCUAUAUAUUAAUGAGAUUACCUUAAUGUUAUGUAUGUUGCAUACUUUUUCUCAGUUUGUCAUUUGCCUUUUAUCUUUCUCAUGCAGAAAAAUUUAAUUUUUAUGUAAUCAUUUUUCUGUAUUCUGGAUUUUGAAAAUCUUAUGUUUCUCUUAGCACAUUUCAAGUUGUAUUUUUUGUGAUUAAAAUAUUUUAGCAUCAGGAACCAUUUGGAUGAAAGAAGUGAGCUCCCAAUCCAAUUCUAUUAACUAUCCUGUUAUUCCAACAAAAUUAUUAAAUAAUUUUUUCUCUACUGGUUGGAAAUGCCACAAUUAUUAUAUAUUCAAUUCCUAGGCCUAAUUUUGAAUUAUAUUCUAUUCCACUAACCUGUCUACUCAUGGUGAAUCAAAACUUUUAAUGCUAUAUUUUUUAAACUAUAAAUUUUGUUAGGUGGCAAACUUAGUUCCCCAUCGCUCCUUUUAUUCUUUUAAAAAGUUUUCCAACUUCUUGGCUUAUUAUAGUUGGCCUUAUUGUACGUAUUUCUAUAUGAAAUUUAAAAUAAGCUUUCCUAGUUGUCCCAAAAUUAAUCCUGGUAACUUUAUUGUGAUCACAUUACAUUUAUAGAUUAAGCAAGAGCGACAUCUUUACAAUAUUGCAUCUUCCUAACCAAGAGCAAGGGCAGAAUAUGAAUACCAGUUGACUGUGCGCCCUGACCUCUUCACAAAUAAACACACCCAGUGGUACUAUUUCCAAGUCACUAAUACCCAAGCAGGAAUAGUCUACAGAUUCACUAUUAUCAAUUUUACCAAGCCUGCUAGUCUUUACAACCGGGGUAUGCGCCCACUGUUUUAUUCUGAAAAAGAGGCCAAGACUCAUAAUAUUGGCUGGCAGAGAAUAGGAGAGCAAAUCAAGUAUUACAGGAACAACCCCGGGCAAGAUGGGCGCCAUUAUUUCUCUCUUACGUGGACAUUUCAAUUUCCACACAGCAAUGAUACCUGCUACUUUGCUCACUGCUAUCCGUACACUUAUACCAACCUGCAAGAAUACCUUUCUAGCAUCAAUAAUGACCCAGUACGGUCGAAGUUUUGUAAAGUACGUGUCUUGUGCCACACAAUUGCUAGGAAUAUGGUGUACAUUUUAACGAUCACUACCCCCUUGAAGAAUGCUGACUCAAGAAAACGAAAGGCGGUGAUUUUGACUGCAAGGGUACAUCCAGGAGAAACCAACAGCUCAUGGAUCAUGAAAGGCUUCCUAGAUUUUAUUUUAGGAGACUCACGUGAUGCGCAGUUGCUUCGGGACACUUUCAUCUUCAAGGUGAUACCCAUGCUGAAUCCCGAUGGUGUGAUUGUAGGAAAUUACCGGUGUUCCUUAGCUGGACGGGAUUUAAACCGUAACUACACCUCUCUCCUGAAGGAAUUGUUCCCUUCUGUUUGGUAUACCCGGAACAUGAUCCACAGAUUGAUGGAGAAACGAGAGGUUAUUUUAUACUGUGACCUUCAUGGCCAUAGCAGGAAAGAGAACAUCUUCAUGUAUGGCUGUGGCGGAAGUGAUAAGUGUAAUAAAGCAUUGUAUUUACAGCAGCGAAUCUUCCCACUUAUGAUGAGCAAAAACUGUCCAGAUAAAUUUUCAUUCUCAGCUUGCAAGUUUAAUGUUCAGAGGAGCAAAGAAGGAACAGGCAGGGUGGUGAUGUGGAAAAUGGGAAUCAGGAACAGCUUUACCAUGGAGGCCACUUUUUGUGGAUCUACUCUGGGUGAUAAACGAGGCACUCAUUUCAACACAAAAGAUUUGGAGUCAAUGGGGUAUCAUUUUUGUGAUUCUCUCUUGGACUAUUGUGAUCCAGACCGAACUAAGUAUUAUCAGUGCCUAAAAGAAUUAGAAGAAAUGCAAAAACAUAUAAACUUGGAAAAAGUCCUUGAUGAUUCAGAUACUUCUUUGAAAGAAAUUACAGUGGAGUCUAGUAGCCGAGGCUCUGACAGUUCAGAAUCGAAUGAGUCUCAGAGUUACAUUCUCAAGUUAACUUCUCAGAUAAAAGCCAAGAAAAAACAUCUGAGAACAAAGAAGGAAAGAAAUUCUACCCUAGCAAGACAUAAAAAUGCCAGAGAAGAGCGAGAGAUAAAAGUCAGAGAGCUGUCUCCGCAGGAAAGUUAUUCUGUCUCCAAUGCUGAAGCUACAUUCCAGGUUUGUGGUAGAGGAUAUUUAAUACCAAGACACAAAGAAUCAAACUCUGAUGUGAAAGAUGCAAGGCCAAAUGUAUCAGAUGAUCGUAUAUUUGAUUAUUUCAGAAGACCGUUUCCUAAUCAAGAUUUGGUGAAAAUGCCUGGACAGGCCCCUUCCUGGCUUCUAAAGGGUUAUUUGAGCUCCCAAAGUAUGAUGCAGAGGCUUAGCAAAUAUCAACAAAGACACUUUUCAGAAACCGGUAAGAGACCAAUCCAGGAAGCAAUUCAGCCCAGGAGCACUGGUUUGUAUAGAAACUGCUUCAGAGUGACAUCCUUGAAUUGUACUGUGGGCACGCCAACUCCCAGUUGGACAGAGAGGCCAAGGAUACCAACAGAAGAUCUGCAUAGCAACCUGAAAAGCAAAAUGAGACAAUCUACAUCUUUCCAAUGCAAGAAGACUCAUGUAAAUUGGACAGAUGAUGAAAAAAGAAUCUACAGGGAUAAAAGAAUAGCUCAAACUGAAGAAAUAUUGCAAUAUUUGAUCCCUAUCAUGAAAAGCACGACAAAUGUGAGAACCAAUCAGAUAAAACAGAUAUUCAAACCUCGCACCAACUUCCAAAUCCAACAUCAAUUACUAAAUCCAGCUACUUAUGUAAACUUGGGCGGCGCAUCUUGGGCACCAUCCAGUCAUCUCCCUUUUAUAGGCCAAAGGAACCUUCUGGCAAGCUCUUCAGGAUGGCUCCAAUCUGUGUCCCAGAAGUCGUGUGAAAACCUGUCACUUCUCAGAGGGCACAAGAAAAGGAAAGCAUGUUCUGCAGUCAGUGCCAUAAAGACUAAAGACAUGAAACCUGUCAGCAGCAAAUGGGAGAUUCCUUCCUCAGGUUUUGAGAAGGACGUGAAUAUUACCAAAGGCCGGAGUCCUCACGCUGAAGAAUUCAACCAGCAAACCUCCAUGCAGAUAGCCCCCAAUCCAACUCAAACUAACGAUGAGCAGCCAAAUAAGAAUGAGGGACAACCCAUCUUCCAUUUGAAGUUCCAAAGGCAGAAAUAAUCUAGCUUUAUGAUACUCUGAAGACUGUGGGUGAAAGAUAACAUAUGCUUACCUAUUAAAAAGAAAAGAGAAAGAGAAGCCCUCUCCAUCCCUCUUAUCACCAUUUCUCUCCCUACACAUGCAUAUGCAUAUACUAAACUACAAACCCUAGAUACUCCAUCUUCUGUAGUGAGAACAUCUUUCAGAAAUAUAAAAGGGAAUCUGGAGCCCUGGUCAGUGUGGUGCAGUGGCUAGAGCAGUGACGGCGAACCUUUUGAGCUCGGCGUGUCAGCAUUUUGAAAAACCCUAACUUAACUCUGGUGCCGUGUCACAUAUAGAAAUUUUUUGAUAUUUGCAACCAUAGUAAAACAAAGAUUUAUAUUUUUUAUAUUUUAUAUAUUUAAAUGCCAUUUAACAAAGAAAAAUCAACCAAAAAAAAUGAGUUCGUUCACGUGUCACCUCCAACACGCGUGUCAUAGGUUCGCCAUCACUGGGCUAGAGCAUCGUCCCGUGCACUGAAGGGUCAUGAGUUUGAUUCCCAGUCAAGGGCACGUACCUGAGUUGCAGGUACGGGGUGUGUGGGGCAGCAACCAAUCGAUGUGUCUCACAUCAAUGUUUCUCUCUCCCUCCCACUCUUUAUCCCUCCCUCCCUCCCUCUCUCUCCUUCUCUCCUUCCCUUACUCCCUCCUUUCCAUUCCCUAAAAAUAUGGGAAAAAAUAUUCUCAGGUGAGCAUUAACAAACAAAAGAGAAAACAGCAGAUUUUUUAAUUUUCUUAGGUAUUAUACUAGUAUUUAAUUUUUGUCAAGAUGGAAAAAAAAUCUCUGAAUUUCUGAUUUCUUCCAAAAUGAUUUAUUUAUACACCACCAAAAAAACUAAGCACUCAGGAAGGAAUGACCUGUACUAUCACUGACUUUAAUGUCCCUACUAGGCCCUUGAAUGAAUCAGUCAACAAAAAAUAUUUCCUGAAUUUUUGUUAUAUCUGUAGUGUGCUAGAAACAAUUGGUGAUUUUUUAAAAAGACAUUUCUCCCUCCCAAUGGGUGUGGCUCAGUGUCGUGGACCUAUGAGUCAGGAGGUCAUAGUUGAAUUCCUGGUCAGGGCACAUGUCCAGGUUGUGGGCUCGAUCCCCAGUAGGGGACAUGAAGGAGGCAGCCAGUCCAUGAUUCUCUCUCAUCACUGACGUUUCUGUCUCACCCUCUCCACUCCUUUCUGAAAUCAUUAAAAAUAUAUAUAUUUUUUAAAAGACAUUUCUCUCCACUGCAAGAUUACUGUAUAAUUGUACAUAUAAAACAUACAUGACUAAAAUAAUGCAGAAUGAGAUAGUGCAUAGUAAAGUGCUAAGAUCUGAACAAUUUUAAAAAUACUAUAUUAAAAGAUGUUAAUUAAAAGGAAAUAAAAGGUAUACAACCUGGAAAAGGAUGAAGUAAAACUGUAUUUAUUCACAGAGAAGAAGAUUGUAAAUGUAGAAAAUCCCUGCUGGAAGUAAUAAGCAAUUACGGCAAGGUUGCAAGAUACAAAGUUAAUAUACAAAAGUCAAUCAGUAUCUUAGAUACCAAGCAAUGAAUAUUGAAAUUAAAAACAAUACCGUUUACCUUAGCACCAAAAAAAGAAAUACUUAGAUGUUAAUCUAAUUUACUCAAGAUCUAUAUGAGGAAACACCAUAAAACUCUAAUGGAAGAAAAAAACCUCAAGAAAUGGAAAGUUAUUCCAUGUACAUGCAUAGGAAGGCUCAAUAUUGUCAAGAGGUCAGAACUUACCAAUUAGAUCUAUAGAUGCAGUGAAAUCCCAAACAAAAUUCUAGCAAGUUAAUAUUGAUUGAUUUGAUUCUAAAAUUUGUGUAGAAAGGCAAAAGAUUCAGAAUAUCCAAUGCAAUGUUAAAGGAAAGAACCAUGUCAGAGGACUGACAUCAUCCGACUCUACGACUUAAAAA